AUGUCGCAUGAAAAGAUUGUUCAGUUCUGUAAGGGGAGUGGUGGAGUUCAGUUGAAUAAAGUGUUCAAUCCCCAAAGUGUAGUGUGUUUUCAUCAAGGCUUGCGUCCUGUGGACAAGGAGUGGGUCCUGUGGUUUGAAGUGUUUGCUGGGUCACAACACAUUUUCCGCUGUUUGUUGGAUGUUAUAGACGUGAAUGGUUUCGAGUUGCUGCAUUUUACACCAGUUCCCCACCCCACAGAAGAAGGGACUUUUGUGAUUCCGUUGAUAAAUGCUAGCAACAUUGGGGUUGAUUACAACAACCAACUCUAUUACUUCUACGAUGCUGAGGGAUCCACAUGCCAUCGAACAGGAAAGGGAAGGUUCAUAUGCAGCCCACAUGCGGUCUUUUCUAUGAGAGACCAUCCGAAUUGCGUUUUGGAGGAGAUAAUCCACAAGCACUCUAUGGAGCCUUGCAGAUCCACUCAAGUGAGAAUUGAAGGAGUAUUGUGGAAAGGACUCAUAAGGCGCAACUCCUGGCUCUAUAUAACACAGAAGUCAACCACUAUUGCGGUUAUCUGUUCAGGCAAUAGAGAAGAGUUUACCCCUAAUGUCGCUGGGGUAAUCCAUGUUAAUGACGGAUGCAGCAUCAGCAGCUCCGGAAUGUGGCUACGUGCCACUAUCAACAGUGAAAUGUGGAGCAUUGAGGCAUUCCACAAACCGAUUCCGCUGAAUGAGAGAGUGGCAUAUGCAGUUCCAGGACAUGUUAGGCUAAUAGAUAACCAACCUGUCCUGUCAUCAAAGCCACUGCUUCACGAAAACAGCGAAGUGAUACGAACUAUCACGAUUGAGGAUGUAGUCAGACACCCUGCAACCACAUGGGGGAGUUUGAUUAUCGUCGCAAUUCUGGGAAUUGCCUUGUGGAAAACCAGAGAGAUCUGGUUGAAGAUCUGCGGUAAACCCUCAUCCGAAGCUGAAGAGCAAAACUCAGCUAUAGAGAAGCUCGACUGCAUAAUCAAAAGGAAGGAAGAGGCUGCCGCAAGAAACACACCAGUUCCGGCCCCCGGCCAAGAUGGCUAA